AUGUACUCUCUACUACAAAGUCCACAAGUGUGUGCAGCAAUGGGUGCUUCUUCAAUGCAGCGAAGCAGUCUGUUGGAUGAAGGUACACGUGUAUGUGGGUGUGUAUGCGUGCAACAGUUCAGCAUUCUUAGCUGUUAUUGCAAAGGUACUUUAAAAAUCAAGAGAAGUGUGGAAGACAGAGAAGAAACAAUCAAAUCAAUUAGUGAAAAGUUUGCUUUUAUUUUUCCAAAUUUCCAAAACCCUUUCCCCGUAGGCGGUCACCAUUUCGUCGUCGAAGUAUCAAAAAGUAUAAAAAUUCUUCAAAUAAGUUUAAGUAUAACAAUUGCGAUUAUUUAUGUUUUAUCUAGUCAGUUGAAACAAAACAAAACUAAAUACACUUGGAAAAAAAUGGUUGCAAAAUGUUUACUUCUAAUUAAAAACAUUAAAAAUGUGUUCAUUUGUUUAAAAAAAAUUUUAUGA